CGUGGCUGCUCCAUCCUGGCGUUGUGUGGCUCCAGUGCAAUGCCGACUCCUGCGAGCGCAAUGGAUGCGAUCAUCACCAAGGACUCCGUCACAGAGCUCAUGAAUGGAAAGGCGCAACCACCAGGUGCUCUGGGUCACGUCCAAGAUUUGGCGGUCCAGCUCUGUGUACUGCAGCAAACGUUGACCCCGGUCGUGGAUGCUCCAACAUGCCUCGUCUUCGCCGCCGACCAUGGCAUUACGAAGCGAGGGCCCGCGGAUGGACCGUCGGCCUACCCCCGCGAAGUGACGGAGCUCAUGUACAAGACAACGCAUCAAGGUCGAUCUGCCGUAGCGGUGAUGGCGUCGGCCUUGCAAAUUCCCGUCGCGUGCAUUGAUGUUGGCAUCGAUAGCGACCGUGAAAGCUCCCUGCGCAUUGCUCGCGGCACCAACGACAUGACGCAGGGUCCUGCUAUGACGUUGGAGAUGUGCCAAGAUGCCAUCCAACUCGGCCGCGACACAGCCAAGAAAUACGUCGCACAAAUUGGCCGCAACAUCGUGUGUGUGGGUGAGCUCGGCAUUGGCAAUACGACGGCAGCUAGUGCACUCGUUGCCGCCCUCACGAAUGCCGCGGCGGAAGGCGUAUGUGGCCGCGGCACCGGCCUCGAUGAUGAAGGUGUUCAGCGAAAAGUUCGGUUGGUGAAACAAGCCCUAGCCACGAAUGCGGAUCGCAUCCAGGAAGGGAAUGUUUUGAGCAUCUUGGCUGCGGUGGGGGGGCUUGAGAUCGCAGCCAUGUGCGGCGCCAUGCUCGAAGCUGCAAAGUGGCGCGCGCCCGUCGUCGUGGACGGAUUCAUUUCGGGCGCCGCGGCAUUGUGUGCGCUGCGUAUGGAGCCGGACACCAUGUCGAAUGCCUUAUUCCUGUCGCAUCAGAGCCGGGAAAAGGGUGCUUCGAUCCUGCUCGAAGCGCUGGGCGGGCAGGGGACUCGCGCGCCGCUGCACAUGAACAUGGGACUUGGAGAAGGCACGGGAGCUGUGCUUUUGGUGCCGAUUCUGCAAUGCGCGGCGCGACUCGUCCGAGAUAUGGCGUCGCUGCAGAGCGUCAUCGCAGGGACGGUCGACAAGAACACUGCCGCCGCCGUUGCGCCAUCGUAAGAUCGUACGGGCUUCAUCCUACAACACAGAUGCCAACGUGCGUGCCAUUCUAACGAUCGAUUUGGGCGCUUGCCCGUCAGGAGGGCGUUUUUGCCAGCAGGCCAACCACUCCCAUUGCAGACACCAUGGUCGCCAUGACUUUGCAUGCGAAAUCACUCUCGCUCCUCGCGUUGCAAUUAGAUUCGUUACGUGGCACCACGUUGGAUGGGGCUCGUACAAACGACAUGACGGGUGUCGAUGACGUGCUGCCUCCAUGGCAAACCAAACCCCGACAUGGAACUGGUCCGGCUGCGCUACUUGACCACAAACUUUUUGAGUUGGCGCCGCACCGCCCGGCGGUUUGCUUUGACGACAAACGCGACGAGUCCCACGAGAAUUGCGACCAUCGCAAUUGUUACGUGGACUUGGUAUGGCACGCCGCCUUUCGACAACGUGUGGACGCGCAGGAGCGACCCGCUCAGGACUUUUCCGUCGCGAAUGCCGAGGAUGUCGACGGCGGGCAGUCCUUCUGCAGGCACGGCAUCGUUCUCACGACGUUGAGCACCGUCGACGUCCA